GAGACCGCGACAGACCGAGUGGCUGGUUUCAUCGGUCUCAGAUCGGAUCCCGGAUCCAGGAGAGGUUGUCGGUUUGGAUUUUGACGAUGUAAAUGACGCGCAUCUUCCCGGGGGGGUCACCAUGUGGACAGGUGUGAGACUUGUGGGCACGCGCGUUUGAAGGACAAACAGAUGUUUAGAUUUUAAUCCGAACGACCCCCAGGCCUGGGCCACUUCAUCCCCCCAUGGAUGGAUCCAGCUGGAGCUGCACGCAUGGAAUACAAAGCCUGUCUGAGUCGCACCCCCCUCUCCGGGAGCGCCUCCUGACACAACCCCCCCACACCGACACCCCCAGAUCGGGAUGAGGAUUGCAGCUCGGUGAUUCGGUGCUUCAUGGACCCUGGUUUUCUCGGGUUUUGAUUGGUUAAAAACCGGAUUUAUCCGCGCGCUGGGAUUCCUUUGUGUCAAAGGGUUCAGCGCAGAGUGAGUGCGCGCGGAGCGGCGGGGGGGCUUUGGUCGCGCGCGCCUGCCAUCCUUGUGGACGGGUCGUGAUGGCAGGGGGCCCGCCGGAGGCGCAGGACCACCCGCCGGAGAACGGCUUCACGCUGCUGGAGCGCGCGGCGCCCCGGCUGCUGCCGCACGUCGACGGCUGCGUGCUCCCGUCCCUGGGCGGGUUCGGGCGGCACCAGAAGCAGCUGGUGGUCCUGACCUGGAUACCGGCCCUGUUCAUCGGCUUCAGCCAGUUCUCGGACCACUUCCUCCUUGCGCAGCCCAACAGCACGUGCGUGCAACCUCUGGGUAACGACAGUAGCAAUAGCAACUGGACCGGGACGCACCUGCCAGUAUCCGCGAGCAGCGCGCCCGCGCUGCAUCUCAAAGGCAACAACGGCACCGGGGAGGGGUUCGAGGACAGCGGAGGGAUGCUGUGCGCGUGCGCGGAGCGGAGGCUGGAGCUGCAGACGGGACUCACUCAGAAUGUGGUUACCAAGUGGAACCUGGUGUGUGACUCGGCCUGGAAGGUUCACAUCGCCAAGUUCUCGCUGCUCGUGGGCUCCAUAUUCGGCUACUUAGUGAUGGGUGUCAUGGCCGACUGGUUUGGUCGCCACCCGGUGCUGAUCCUCUCGGCGCUCUUCAUGCUGGUCUUCGGUCUGAGCGUGGCCUUCUCUGUGAACGUCACCAUGUUCAGCACCUUGCGGUUCUUUGAGGGUUUCUGCUUGGCGGGCCUCGCUCUCUCCCUCUUCGUGCUCAGGAUCGAGCUUUGUUUGCCAGCCUGGCGUUUCUCCAUGACAAUGGUGGCCAGCUUUCUGAAGGUGGGCGGGCAGCUCCUGAUGCCAGCCGUGGCCGCUCUGUGCCGCUACUGGCCGAGCGGGGAGGACUGGCAGGUGCUGCAGAUCGUCAUAAUCAGUCCUUUUGUUCUGAUGCUGCCCUACGUCUGGAUUUUUCCUGAAUCUCUGCGCUGGUUGCUGGCCACCCAGCACUACAAGCGCUCCAAAGCCAUGAUGCUGCGCAUCGCCAGGAAGAACCAGGUUGACUUGACAUCAGAGCCCAGCGGCGUUCUCACAGAGCUGGAGCAGGAGCUGCACAGGAAGCCCCAGAGGAGCUGCAUUGUGAAGAUGAUGAGCACCAGGAACCUGUGGAAGAACAUUGUGGUGCUGUGCGUCAACUCUCUGACAGGUUAUGGGAUUCACCACUGCUUCGCCCGCAGCAUGAUGGACCCGGAGGCCCAGCCCACAGCUUUGUGCCACGCCGAUUAUUACACCAUGGCUGGCAUCGCCGUGGCGACCUGCCUGGCCCUUUGCCCCGCGGUGGGACUGAUGGGUCGACGUGGAGGGCUGCUCGCCUUCAUGAUCAUCACAGCUCUGGCAUCGCUACUACAGCUGGGGCUGCUGAACUUGAUUGGAAAAUACAGCCUUCGCCACGACACAGUUCUGAGAGACACUCUGAACAGGAAAUUUUCCGUGGCCUUCUCCAUCAUCGGCAUGUUUUCCUCCCAUGCUGUCAGCACACUCAGCAUCUUCUUCUGCGCAGAAAUCACCCCAACUGUCAUUAGGGGUGGAGGUCUGGGCCUCGUCCUGGCGAGCGCCGGCUUCGGGAUGCUCACCGCCCCCAUCAUGGAGCUCCACAACCAGAAGGGCUACUUUCUGCAUCACGUGAUCUUCGCCUGCUGCACGCUGCUGUGCAUCAUCUGCCUGCUGCUGCUGCCGGAGCCGCGGGGUCAGCCCCUCCCCGAGAGCCUGGCCGACGGCGAGACCUUCACCCGUCAGACUCUGCUCCAUCCCGGAGAGCAGCACCUCCUCCUCGCCAAGUGCGACAGGGACUACUCCCGCGUUCAUGACACGCCGUUACACCUCAUGGCCACGGGGAGCGCCACUGUGGCAGCAGCCACCGCUCUGGCAGCGGUGCCGGCCUCGUACGCUCUCGCCACCGGUGGCGAGGUGAUUGGAAAUCGUGCCAUAGCCAACGGGGUUUGA